CGGUGGUACGGCUGACGGCCGCUGCCACUUUCUUUCGCCUCCAACUUUAUUUCUUCCCCCACACAGUCACCAACUAACGUCGCCUCACCGCCGUUUACCCAUAUGUCCAUCUCUCUCUCUAUCAAACCCACUAUCUUCUCUGCAGUUGUGCCUGUUGAUUCUCUCUCUUCAUAAAACACGAGCGUUAACACUCUCUUCCUUACGGUUCACGCCAAACGCCUGUUUUCUCUUCUAUCACUGUGCUUUCUGUCUCUGUGGUUGCCUCACUAUGGGGUGCCUGGGAGAGAAAACGAAGGGAACUUCUUGAUAAAAAAAAAAAACAGGGUCUGCACAUUCUCAAGCAUUUUUUUCUCUCUCUACUGUCACUUCAGGCUAGUCUCUCUUUGGUUUGCUAAUGGAGGAGAGAACUUCGCUUCCGGGGAAGAACCGUAUGCUCGGUAUUUGUUGUGUAAUGGUGGUGUUUGUGUUUCUGUGUCCUACCGCUUCAUCACUCGACGACGAAGGGAAGGCAUUGAUGUCGGUUAAAGCGUCUUUUAGCAACAUAGCCAAUGAAUUACUGGACUGGGAUGAUGUUCAAAAUGAUGAUUUCUGUUCUUGGAGAGGCGUAUUUUGUGGCAACGUUGGCAUGUCUGUUAUUUCUCUGAAUUUAUCAAAUUUGAAUUUGGGUGGGGGAAUUUCGUCAGCCAUCGGAGACUUGAAGAGUCUGCAAUCUGCGGACCUCCAGGGAAACAAGUUAACUGGUCAAAUUCCAGAUGAGAUUGGCAACUGUGUUUCGCUAGUGCUUCUGGAUUUAUCUGAUAAUUUGCUUUACGGUGACAUACCCUUUUCAAUAUCUAAGCUUAAGCAGCUUGAGCUAUUGAAUCUGAAAAACAAUCAGUUGACGGGUCCCAUACCAUCAACAUUAACGCAGAUUCCAAACCUGAAAACUCUUGAUCUAGCUAGAAAUCAGCUUACAGGUGAGAUACCAAGGUUAAUCUACUGGAACGAAGUACUACAGUAUCUUGGCCUGCGUGGCAAUUCAUUAACAGGAACACUGUCUCCUGAUAUGUGCCAAUUGACUGGCUUGUGGUAUUUUGAUGUUAGAGGCAAUAACUUGACUGGAACAAUCCCAGAAAGCAUUGGCAAUUGUACUAGUUUUGAAAUAUUGGAUAUCUCAUACAAUCAGAUCACUGGGGAGAUUCCGUAUAAUAUUGGGUUUCUGCAAGUGGCUACCCUGUCUCUACAAGGUAAUAGGCUGACUGGAUCGAUUCCUGAGGUGAUAGGUCUAAUGCAAGCCCUCGCAGUUCUGGACUUAAGUGAGAAUGAACUAGUUGGCCCAAUUCCACCAAUUCUCGGCAAUUUAUCUUAUACCGGAAAACUGUACCUCCAUGGCAACAAGCUUACGGGAACAAUCCCUCAGGAGCUUGGAAAUAUGUCAAAGCUGAGCUACUUGCAAUUAAAUGAUAAUCAGCUAGUUGGUGGGAUUCCUGCUGAACUUGGAAAACUGGAGCAACUUUUUGAAUUGAAUCUUUCCAAUAACAAUCUGGAAGGGCCCAUUCAUCAAAAUAUCAGCUCCUGCACUGCACUGAAUCACUUCAAUGUGCAUGGUAAUCGCCUUAAUGGAUCAAUUCCUUCUGGGUUCCGAAAUCUAGAGAGCCUAACAUAUCUGAAUCUAUCAUCAAAUUAUUUUAAGGGCACCAUACCUGUUGAGCUUGGGCGGAUUGUCAAUCUUGAUACAUUGGACCUCUCUAGCAAUGAUUUCUCAGGACUUGUUGCUGCUUCUGUUGGUGAUCUCGAGCACCUUCUUACCUUAAAUUUGAGUCACAAUCAUCUUGAUGGGCCAAUUCCAGUGGAAUUCGGGAAUCUCAGAAGCAUACAAAUUAUUGAUAUUUCAUUCAACAAACUAUCUGGUGCUAUCCCUGAAGAGUUGGGUCAGUUGCUAACUAUCGUUUCUCUGAUUUUGAAGAAUAACAAUCUGAAUGGAGAGAUUCCUGAUCAACUAAUCAAUUGUUUCAGCCUUACUACUCUGAAUGUUUCGUACAACAAUUUGUCAGGUGCCAUUCUGCCUAGCAGAAACUUUUCCCGAUUUUCACCAGACAGCUUUAUUGGAAAUCCAUUGUUGUGUGGAAACUGGUUAGGUUCAAUAUGUGACUCUUAUGGACAAAAAUCUAAAGCUAUGUUCUCCAGGACUGCAGUGGUUUGCAUAACAUUAGGCUUCAUCAUGCUAUUAUCCAUGGUGAUAGUAGCCGUUUACAAAUCCAACCAACCUAUGCCUUUUAUCAAAGGAUCCAACAGGAGUGCUCAAGGUCCUCCCAAACUUGUAAUUCUUCACAUGGAUAUGGCUAUUCACACCUAUGAAGAUAUCAUGAGGAUUACUGAGAACUUGAGUGAGAAGUACAUUGUGGGCUAUGGUGCUUCAAGCACGGUCUAUAAGUGUGCGUUGAAGAAUUCCCGACCUAUUGCAAUUAAGCGAGUUUACACUCACUAUCCGCACACCUUGCGAGAGUUCGAAACUGAGCUGGAGACUAUUGGCAGCAUCAGGCACAGAAACCUUGUCAGUUUGCAUGGCUACUCGCUUUCCCCCCAUGGAAAUCUCCUCUUUUAUGAUUACAUGGAGAAUGGUUCUCUGUGGGAUCUUCUUCAUGGACCAUCUAAGAAGGUGAAACUUGAUUGGGAAACACGUCUGAAAAUUGCAGUUGGAGCUGCUCAAGGGCUUGCUUAUCUUCACCAUGAUUGCAACCCUAGAAUUAUUCAUAGGGAUGUGAAAUCCUCAAACAUUCUGUUGGAUGAGAAUUUUGAGGCUCAUCUUUCUGAUUUUGGGGUUGCCAAGUGUAUCCCGACUACAAAAACUCAUGCAUCCACUUAUGUUCUGGGCACUAUUGGAUACAUUGACCCAGAGUAUGCUCGGACUUCUCGGUUAAAUGAAAAGUCGGAUGUUUAUAGCUUUGGUAUUGUUCUUCUGGAGCUACUCACUGGAAAGAAAGCUGUGGACAAUGAAUCUAACUUGCAUCAAAUGAUAUUGUGCAAGGCAGAUGACAACACGGUGAUGGAGGCUGUGGAUCCCGAGGUUUCAAUUACAUGCAUGGAUUUAUCCCAUGUAAGAAAGACCUUUCAACUUGCCUUGCUGUGCACAAAGCAACAUCCUUCCGAGAGACCAACAAUGCUUGAGGUGGCAAGGGUUCUGCUAUCCUUAGUUCCAGCUCCUGCAUCUAAACCUUGCCUAGCUCCCUCAAAGACUAUUGACUAUGCACAAUUCGUGAUUGAAAAAGGGCAAUCUCAGCUGAAAACGGGGCAGCUGCAAAACCAGCGUGACAGUAAUUCCUCUGAUGCACAGUGGCUUGUUAAAUUCCGUGAAGUUAUAUCUAAAAACACCCUUUAAGAGUUUAGUUUGCUUCUUUUGCAUAGCCAGCGCAAUUAGUCCAAAAAUCCCAAAUUUUGUUUCCUCUAGGUGAUUUCUCAUUCGGGUAUAUUGGCAUAUCGUUUAGGUUGUUAUACAUUUUAAAGGAUAUUAUUUGUGAUGUUAGUAACAUUUGACCUUCAUCUAGGCAGUUGCUUUUGUCUCCCACUUUUGUACGAGUGAUUCAGGGAAGUUUCAGACUCUUGUUAUUUUUUGCUAUAUACUUUAGUUCCCAUGUGUGAAGUAGUAUGAACCCUUG